AUGCAGAACUUCGUGCGGCCUUCGUGGCUUUUUCAGAAGCCCAAUGCGGUCUCAAAGACGGACUUCCGUGUGUGUCUUGGCCUGCGUGUUAUGAACUCCGGCUCCGACAUGACCAUCGUGGUUCUUAUGGGUCGGCUGAUAGCAGUAAUUGCUGACGAAGAGUCGAAUCAGGCUGCUCCCCACGACAUCGCUACCUUUCAUGACAACGGUGCACUACUUGCUCCUAAUGUCCACGGCGAGAUGUUGAUCCACACCAGUGUCAACAUGACCUCGGAGCUCAACGUCCCAGAAGUCCUUGACAAGAUCAAAGUCACGGGCGCCGCCGAUCAAGUCAUUGCAUACAUAAAUACCCACUUCGCCCUGUAUAUCUGGCCCGACAUCGAUGUGCUUAACACCAUCUCAAUGGAGCAGCCGGUUCAAGACAACCCGACGCCGAACUGCAAUAUCUUCACCCUCGUCCCGUACAACCUGGCGAACGACUCUCUCAAGGACCUAAAACAGCUCGGUAACCACUUCUUCAAUCUGGGUCCAGGCCCCAAGACCUGCUCCCAAGUUCGGUGCCGCGAGGACUCUACGGGCCGCAGGGCGGCAAUUUGCUGGUGCAACGAUGAUCUCAUUGGAGCAACUGCUCCUGCCUAUGAGCUUGCCGAGCUUGCCGAACUCAUCAUCCCUACAUGCGUUGAUUUUGACGUUCCCUCAGCCUACACUCGCGGCCAGGUCUUUCACAAAACCUACCCAUGA